GGCUUCGGCGAGUGAGUCGAGUCGAGUGAGUCGUUGGGCGCAGAGAGCAGCGACGGGAUGGAGAGGAGAGUUUGUGGAAGGGGAACGGGGGCUGAUGGAGGUGACGGAGGAAGACGUGGGCAGCCGCCAGGUCCACACCGACUGCCAGCGCGUUCUUCUUGAAACUGAAUGCUUUAGUGAGCCAGGUGCCAAUAUUGACCUUGGCAUGCAACCUGAAAUAGAAAAGGAAGAACUUCAUGAGGAAUUAGCCAAGCUAGAAGAGGAAAUUUCUGCAUUGCGACAAACCCUGAUUGCCAAGGAGAAGCAUCUUGUUGAAAUAAAGCAGAAGAUGGGUAUUACCCCACUGAAUGAAAUAAAACAUAACUUAAGCAAAAGUUGGCAUGAUAUGCAGACUUCUGUGAUAUACAAAAAAACACAAGAGACUUUCAAUAACACAGGACAGAAGGCAUCAGCAGCUAUAAAUAAUGUAAGCUCAACGCUUACUAAGAAACUAGGAGAUAUGAACUUGCAUUACUUCAGUCUACUGCUCCCAAGCAGUUACCUUAACCUGCAUUCAAUUAGCAUGCCUGCUGUGAGAAAUUCAACUACUUUCAAAUCCUUUGAAGAGCGGAUGGAAACUACUGUCAGCAGUCUGAAGUGUAAAGUUGGUGGUGUACCUGCCAAUAGCGGUGGAAGUUUUGAAGAUGUGUUGAAUUCUGCUGCAAACGCCAGUGUUCAGGAAUCGAGCUUGGGGUAUCGGCAUACUGAAGACUUCGGACCUUUUUAAAUGUCUACUUUUUGGUAUUACAAGAUUUUGUUUAAAAUAGUCUCGUCGUUCUAUUCUGAACAAUUUCAGGAAGAGACACUCGACGACACAGUAAAUUAUUCAACAAAACAGCAGGGUUCUACAUUUUAUUUAUUAAGCAUUCAGUCUAUGUUUUAUAGUUACUUUACAACAGAAUGUUUCACACCAGCUUCUUUGACCAAAGCCUGUUUUGUGAACUUAAUGUCUCAUUACCCAGUCUUGACUUCAUGAACAAUAUAUUGUUAAAUGGAUACAAAUGUAAGCAAGAACCUGUUUUAUUGCAAAUAUAUCACAUUCCAUUGAAAUCCACCAUGUGCAAUAAUUCUGUGUUAAUGUAAAAUUGGUGCUUGCUCAGUCAGCACAUUCCUUUCCAAGAUUAAUGUUAAAAACAUUGUGUAUGCGUAAGUACAGAUUAUUUGGAAACACUACUUUGUGGUCUGUAUAUCAUUUGGCAAGCUAAAUGAUCAAGACAAUUUGGUGCCUUAAAUAAAAAGAUCAAAUGAA